AUGCCCGUCGAGCUACUUGGCUUCCCGCCUGCCUACGUCCUCGUUGGAGCAUACCGACUCGUCACCGACUCUAGCCUGUACCGCCCCAUCUGGCGCCGCUCGGGCAAGGCGCUCCAGCGCGCCCUCCUCCUCGCUCUCCCGCUCGCCGUCGUCUCGCUCCCCGCCACUCGCAUCUACGUCCAGUUCAUCCUCGCGAGGAGCCCCUUUUCGCCGAGCGACAUCCACAACGCCAACUUCCUCGGCGUGUCGCCCGUCCAGUACACGACCUGGAUGCUCGUCCUCGGCCAGGCGUCCAUGUUCCUCGAGUGGAUGCUCAAGCGCGAGUUGCGCAAGAGCCGCGACGAGGUGUACGAGGCGACCGUGCGCAGCAGGGGCAAAGCCCCCGACUUCUGGCAGCCCUACACCGAGGAAUGGCUCGUGCCGCCCGUCGAGCGCGCCAAGCGUGCAGGCGAGAAGCAGUCGUUCUACAUGCGCCUGUCGAGCCCGCUCAUGCGCAUCGUCCUCCUCCGAGUUCUUCUCACACCCCUCAGCUUCAUUCCCGGCCUCAGCCUCGCCGUCAUGAGCGCCAUCCGCUCCCUCACGCUCGGCAGGUCCCUGCACCGCACUUACUUUGCGGCCAAGAAGAUGACGCCGCUCCAGGUCGAGCUCUUCGUCACCGAGCGCGAGAUCGGCUACCGCAUGUUUGGCUUCGUCGCGUCCCUCAUGGAGCGGAUCCCUCUCGUCGGCCUCGUGUUCAGCAUCUCGAACCGCAUCGGCGCGGCCAUGUGGGCUCACGACCUCGAAAAGCGCCAGCACGCCUUCUCGUCGGGCGCUCUCAAGCCGACCAAGGUCUACGCGUCCAAGACGGCCGCCCUCGCCGCUCAGCAGCGUGCGGCCGACAUUCCGGAGGAGGUCAUGCGCGGGCCGGGCGGCUUUCCUCUCGCCAAAGGGCCGAUCCGGAUCGAGAAGGACGGGGCAGAGGUGGGCCUGCCGGCAGUAGGACCGCCGGCGCUGCCGCCGAGGAAAUGAGGAGCGCGAACGAGGAACUGCAACGAUGGUUCUACAGACAUGAC